AUGGUCGAUAAAUCUACCAGGAAAUAUCCCAAAGUUGACAAAGCCUUCAGAAGAGGCCUUGAAAGCUUCAAUGAUUGGAAUGUAUCGUGCUUGCCAUUUAAUUCACUUCUUAUGUCUUCAGGAGUAUCAAAAAAGUUAGCUAUAGCCUCUGCCGAAUCUUCAUCAUCGCUCAAAUUUGCAAUGUUAUCCUCAAUUGACUGUUCAUCAGUGGUCUGA